AUGGCCGGCUCAGCAACGCCUGGCGGAGGUCCUCCACCACCACCUGCAGGACCGCCGACGCAGAAAGUGAGCGACGUCAUAACGAGCUUCAGGCCUCAGAGACGCUUCAAGUCUGGCGGUCAGGGCACUUCGGUAACUUCACUCGACUUUGACGACUCGGGCGAACUAGCCAUUGUAGCGCGCGACGACGAUACCCUUCAAAUCUACAACUGCAAGGAAGGCAAGCACGCAAAGGAGCUUAAGAGUCAAAAGUAUGGAGUACACCUUGCGCGCUUCAGCCACCAUGCACAAAGCAUCAUCUACGCGAGUACAAAGGUCGACGAUACCCUCCGCUUCCUCUCCACGCACGACAACUCAUAUAUCCGCUACUUCAAAGGCCAUACUGAUACGGUGACGUCGAUUGCCCUGUGUCCUUCCAAGGAUGAGUUCAUCAGUUGCUCCCGGGACAACACAGUGCGCCUGUGGAAUCUACAGUCACCCAACUAUGUGGGCUUACUCAACCUUCAUGCAGCACACCUAGCGACAUACGACCCAUCCGCGACCGUCAUAGCCAUUGCCUCACCGUCGACACAAAAUAUCCUCCUCUACGACAUACGCAACUACGACAAGCCGCCGUUUACCACAUUCGACCUCCUCGACUACGAGCAGCGUUUCCUCGGCGGACAAAAAGUGGACUGGACAAAGAUAGAAUUCAGCAACGACGGCAAGAGUCUGAUAGUUGCAACAAACGGCAGCGGCCACUUCGUCCUAGACGCCUUCUCAGGCGAACUAACACACUUCUGCUACCGCAAAGCUGGUUCCUCUGGUCGCCUACCCCCCAGCGCCGCAGUCACCAACCUCAACGGCGCCUCGCGCAACCCCGACAUGCCGCCAAACGGUCAGGGCGACGUCUGUCUCACACCCGACGGCCAGUUCUUAAUCGGCGGCAGUGGUGAAGACGGAUUACUUGUCUGGGAUAUAUCCAAGCCCCCCUCCUCCAACAACGUGCUCGAGCCCAUGGAGAAACUACCCGGUCAGGGCAAGAGUGCUGUCGUGGGGUAUAACCCCAGAACUAAUCUUAUAGCUUCUGCGGAUAAGGAUUUGUACCUUUGGCAGCCGGACCCCGAUUUGAUGAUUUGA